AUGAUGAUGAUGAUGAUUAUGAUAGCAAGACUUGUGGACUCCAUAACGACGCCCAUCAAGACUUGGUUAGACAAGGUGCUAAACACCCACGACCACCAAAACACCACCAGCAGCAUCGUGGUGAAGGAGCUUGGUGUUGGUAGCUCUCGAGUUGACUGCAUCGUGUGCUUGUCUGAGGUAGUGUUGGGAGAAAGUUUUGCAACGUUAGAAAGGUGUAGACAUGGGUUUCAUGUUGAGUGCGUUGAAGCAUGGUUAAAAGACCAUUCAAACUGCCCACUUUGUAGAACCCCAAUCUCUGGUGUCCAUGAAGACAUCCAAAAGCACAUAGUUUACUUGAAGAAAUUGUAUGAGAUGAUGAGCUGUUAUGGCUUCUUAGCUCUUGAGAUCAUGGCCGAAUGGCUAACCAAUUCCUUUAGCCAGGAUCUCCACUCCAACCUUUCUGAGAGCUGCAGUUACUUGUGA